UAUGGCAGCUUGACGUAACCGGGUCGUUGUGUCUUUCUCCAACAAUCGUUCAGAUGGAGAGUUCACCUCGUUUUAUCAACAAAUUGCAGCCAGUAAAGUUCGGAAAGAAAGUGACAUGAGUGCUCUUCAGCCCGAUGAAGGCGACGUAAGUGAAAGAGAGCUUCUUGUGGAUGACAUCCAGCGCAUUCGCGAAGCCCUCCGUGUUACAGCUGAUGCAGUCAACAAGUUGUCUUCUGAAGAUGAAGAAGACGAUGAAGAAGACGAUGAAGAGUUCGAAGAAGAGGAAGAAGAAGAAAAUGAACAACCUUGCGCUGAAAACGCAAGCCUGAAACAUCAAACUUCUUUCAAGUUGCCACAUCAGACAGAGAAUUUUCUCUCUGCUUCAAAACAUGGUUUUACACUCACCAGUGAAGGAGAAGUACUUCAGGAAGAGAAUUGUAAUGGGCAAGAAGAAUUGAAUGAAAGGACACCAUUUGCCUUGACCUCUGUGGACAAUCAAGGACUUAUCAGUGGGUUGCCAUUCCAGGCACAAGGUGACACUGAUUCAUUGACAUCUCAAAACCAUAAUUUUUCUUCAGAAGAGGUCAUCUUGACUGAAUUACAACCAGUAUGUUUUCAACCCCCUGUUUGUAAUCUCAAUACCAGUCAAGGAGGACAUACUGCUAAUAGCUGGCCAGUGGAGUUGAACCAACAUCACCAUCAGCUACAAGAGGAGCAUGGUCCACAGUACAAUGAUGAUGCUGACAAGGAGCUCGACUGUGAUUAUGGGAUGAGCAGUGAAAUUCAACAGUGCUUGAGUUUGAACAGAGACUAUCAAUUGGUAAUAUUGGAUGAACUUGAAAGAAUAGAACACGCCCUAAAACGGAACAAACAGAAGCAGAUGGGAUUGCAUCAAAUGAGAGCAAACAAAGAUGACACAAAACCUGAGCCUCAUACAUUAAUCAAGUUUGCCAAUCCUUAUUUUAAAGAUUCAAGUUCACUGGGACCUCCAGAUAAUGAUGACACCAAGAUAAAGAGGCAAAGUUCUCAGGUUGGAGGCUACCAGAUUCCAUCCAGAUGCUGGAAUUUGAAGGAGCAAAACAGUCUAGCUGAGGGAGUCAGAAUGCAAAAUUUGGAAAGUAAACUUUCCCCUGUGCUGCAAAAGAUCAAGAAAUUGGAAGGUAAGAAAGAGAAAACUAAGAGGGAAUUGAAAGAACUUGAAGAUCUCAAAGCAGAAAGUGUAAGGAUUAGAAAUUUAGGAAAGGAAACACUGGAACGAGAUCUAGAGGAUAUCGACUGGGACAAAUUAAGCAGCAAAUAUCUUCCAAAGCGAUCAGGCCUUGAGUGCCGUUUGCAGUGGUGCAACUUUGGACAUCCUGAUGUCAACAGAACAGCAUGGACUAAAGAAGAAGACAAGAAGUUAAUAAAACUGGCAAAAGACCCCCAAAAUACCUGGGAUAUUAUUGCUCAAAAACUGCAGACCAAGCGCACACCUAUUCAUUGUUAUGAGCGUUAUCAGAGAAGCCUUAACAAGAAUCUUCUAAAGAGUAAGUGGAGCCCAGAAGAUGACCAGCAGUUGCUUGAGGUUGUACGUAUUGUCGGCCUUGGAAACUGGCCAAGAGUGGCCAGUUUCUUAGAAGGUCGCCAUGGAGACCAGUGCUUACACCGUUACACACAAACACUGCAGAUGGUGAGGAAAGGAAAAUGGGAAAAACAUGAAGACGAGCUUCUGAAGAAGGCUAUUGACAAGUAUGGGCCGUGUAACUGGAGUAAACUUUCUGAUAUGGUUCCUGGAAGAUCAGGUCCUCAGUGUCGAGAAAGAUGGGUAAAUGCUUUGGAUCCCAAAAUAGAGAAAGGACCUUGGACCAAAGAGCAGGACAAAGACCUUUUGGAAAAUGUGAACAAAUUUGGCAAAGGAAAUUGGUCUAAAAUUGCACGUGCCAUGGGUAAUCGAACUGAUAAUCAAUGUUGGCGCCGAUGGAUUGUGAUCUGCAAGGAUGAUUCGUUACACUAUCGUCAAAAUACACUUCGCAAGAGAAGAGAACUGGUAGCCAACUUCACUGGAAGAAGACAAGAAAGACCGGAACUUGAACCUGAGGAUCUUGACAUUCCAGAUAUCCCUGUUGUGAGGAAACGCAAAGGACGUGCGCCACGUCCCAUUGAAGAGGCUCGUGCGAUGAGAAGAGCGACUCAGAGAAAAUUCAGAGAGAGAAAACGAGCGGAGAGACGAGAAGCAGAGAGAAUCAGAGCUGAGGAAGAAAAAGCUGAAAAAGAACGCAAAAGAGCUCAAAAGGCCACCAUUAAUGGUGGUGGCGACCAAAUUGAGGCAGAGAGAAUGAAGGUUCAGGAAGAAAUAUCUGGAAAGGAAUGUAAAGAAGGGCAAAAAGAGGCGAAUACUGGCAGUGAAGAGGAUAAGUUCCCGCGCACAAGGAAAGCGGGUGGAAACAGAAACCGAGUUCAGCAGCCUCAUCACCGUGUUCUUAUGCGCGACAAACAGCUGUCCAAACGGAAGCAAGUUGCCGAGAAAAAAGAGCAACGUCACACGAUAAGCAGUGGCGGAGAGAAGCAGGUGGCGGUAUCCGGCUCGUUAGGGCCAUUCUCGCUUCUUCUGCAGGCGUUCAGUAUCGACAUUGCCACAGUCCUAAAAGCUAUUCAGCAGACCGGCACGACUCCAUCCUCCGUAUCAUCGACAAGCACCAGUGUUGGCCCUAACACUGGCGCCUCUGUGGAGAGCAAGGAAGUUAAUUCAAAUGAAGAACAGCCUCAGGGACAAACGUGCGGUGGUGUUGAAAGAAUGGAGGCGCAAAGGGAAACCGUUGGCGAUGAAACUCUCAAUCCUGACUUGCAUAUCUCCACAUUAGACAAACAAACCUCAGUAGUGGCAAAAAAUCACGAAGAGGCUGAACAAUCUACCGACACUGAAUCACGAGUUAAUAAGGAAAAACACAGCGAAAUUAGCGAUACCCUUGAACUUGAUAAUACAGAUACGGAAUCAUCUCUUCGCAAAGAAAUUCCAGAUACCAGGACCAAUAAAGAGGCACCCGGACCAGGUGAAAAUGCCCAUUCUGGCUCGGAUCGAGUGGGAGCUUUAAAUAAACCACCUGCAGCCGGUUCUGCUGUUCUAGCAAGCCAGGCUGCGCGCAGGCGUGCACCGGCGAUUCCUCCUCUUCCCCCGUGCUACACAACGCUAAAAACUUACAAGUCCCUUCAACUGCUCCGCCCUCAUUUGCAGAAAAUCGCCGCCAUGCUAAAAACAGUUCCCAGAGUUAGCAGUACAGUCUCAUCAACUUUUGGGCAGUCUUCUUCAUUAAACAAAUCCGGUAGUCAUGGGAACGAGGAGUCAAGUGGGACAUCUGGGUGUGGAAACGAGGUUACGGGUGCAAAUCAACCGAAUCGUUCUAAUUUAGUGAACAAAACUGAUGAUAACGAGGGCAGUUUGAGCGGUGAAAUCGCGAACAAUCGCGAUGUAUCACUUGAAAAUCCACUCGAUAAAGAAGGGAACAAUGUGUCAGAAUUGAAUAACGAAUCCUCUCUAUCAGUUGGCCACGAGGCUAAGCUAUUAAAGGGUACUGAAACAGCGGCAGCGCAAAGUCGCUUUAAUCGUAAUGGGAAAAAAGAAACACUGUCAAGUGAAAAUCCUAGUCCUUCACCAAUGAGAGUCGUUACACCAACGGCGACAGUUAACGAAAAAGGAAACGGAUCAUCCACAACCGGUGUUGUGACCAACGGACCUGUUCAGAGCAAUAGACAACAGACUGAAACAGUCAUUCCUUUAAAUAACACUUCAUAUCGAAAUUCCUACGAGUACAGAAUGCUAUCUUCGCGAUUCAACUCUUUAUUCUGUUGGCCAGCUCUCCUUUCGAGAAUUCCAGUUAAUCGUUCUUCUCAAAUUGGACCUGUUUUCGCUGAGAGGCAUCCUCCUCCCAGAGGGGGGAUCCAGAGCACAAAACCUAAAAUACUGACCUUUAGGCGUAAACAACGUGGCCUUGCUGCAGUGAGAAUGGCCUCUUCGGCGUCGUUUUCGACUCCGGGCCAACAGAUGGUCUCAUUGGGACAAGGAUUUGCUAUAAAGAAGAAUGUCCCACCCACUCAGCCGCACAAGGAAACGUCCCGGUCGAAGGAUGUGGUCGUUGCAGCUUCUCAGUUGCUAUCACUUCAAGAGUCGACUCGAUCGUUAUCAUUGUCUACUGCCAAGAAUAGACCUUGUAACACGCAUCAAAAUAAAAGAAAGAUUACCCCUGUAAAACGAUAUUCCAACCAAGAGUGCGAAGCCAAAAAGAAAAAAAUUGUCCUCAGUUCGGAUUCGUAUUCUUCGCCUUCAGAGGAUGAUGACGAUGACGAAGACGAGUCCGAUUAUGUACCCGGCAAGGAAAUCCGCAACGUUAGGGAAUUUCGUCCAGCACCGAACACGCGCCGAUCCUCUUUACGGAAUAUGGUGCCCCAAACUCCGAAAGAUUCUCUAUCAGUAUCAAGCGUCCAGGCCGGCGCGUCCUCUUCUACCACAGGAAAUGUAGCUAAUAACGCCGAUGAAAUUAUCUGGGAUGAUCAUGGAAACUCAAUCGAUCACAAUACGAAUGAAACUGGGCCUUCGUUUCAAGGCGACAUCAACGAAAGAGUACGCCAAGUUGAGGAAGUAUCGGAACAAGAUGUAAGUGAUGUCACCAGACCGCAGAACAACAAUACAAGCAUAUCGUCAUCGAAAGGGAAUGCGAUGCCCAAAAGAACUGGGGGAGCUCGCUGGAGAGCAAUGCUCCCGAGAGUUAAUGAUUCUGGAGACACUGACGUCGAUACAGAGUAGAAUAUGCUAAACUUGUCGAUGUUCAACCUAGUUUUGUCGACUAUUAUAGAUUUUGAUCAGCUUUCUGACCCUCCACGCGGACCUUUAGACUGAAACUGUUUAACACCUUUUAAAUGUUGCUUUGAGAAAUAUCUAUUCGUUGUUCUUUGUAAACAAUAAACAAUAUAAUUUUGCAAAAAAUAAAACACGAGAUGUUGGUAA